UGCACAUCGAGACUCCCAGUCGGCUCAUGGUAGGAGCUCGCGCAUCGGACCUCUGUAGACGGUUCACUGGUGUUUUGGUGGACGAACCGCUGCUGCUACACCCGAGUGAUUCCGCCGAUGUUGACUUCUAGUAGGAACGACGUCGGCAUGAUCACGGCGCGGACGCUACCCUUACCCGCUAAUCGCGGUGGUUUUUCCUUUCGAUGCGAAAUGCCACAUCGAUCAUGAUAAGAGCCAGCUCACAGUUCGUCGUCUCCCAUCCCAUCAGUCUGGGGACGCGCAACCUCUUGCCUCCCGCUCUCUGCCAGAGCCACCAGGCUAUAUCCGCUUUAUCUGUUGAGACUUGUUAGGAGGCCAGCAGCAUGGCUCGCGUCCCUCUGCUCGCGACUCUCGCGGUGCUUGCGUCCGUUAUCUGCUCAAUGAGUUUCGUUCUUUCUGGUUUUCACCGAAGAAAGAAAGGGAGUCGGACGGUUCGAGUGCAAUCCGCAUCUCAAUCAGCUCCUGAUCCCACACGCUGGUUCGAGCGAGAUCCCUGUAUAUCGUCACCGACGGAUGCUAAACAAAAUAACACCCGUUUAAUGUGCGCAGGUGGUGUAGAGUCGGAUCGGACAGCCCCGGGCCGUUGGCGAGUGGAAUGAGGCGGCUGCCGGAUGAUCAUGAUGUUACAAGAAGCAUGCCAAGGAGGACACGAAGGAAAAUCAUGACAGAGAGGAAACGCACGACAAGCCCAACAGGCACGACGAGCCCGGCUAGGAGGAUAGGGCCAAGAGGAUUAAGUCUGAGGCCCUACGCGUUCGAAGGAGUGUACGAGUGGGAAUAGUAAGUGCGAGGCGAAAGCUUAUAAGGAGUUCAAGAAGUGCAUGAACGGCCAGGAUGACAUGAAGGACACGUAGGACAAGGUGGGAAACAGCAAGGACAGCUGCAAGGAGAGCAGCAAGGAGUCAAGGACAAGAGCAAGGAUGAUGCCCGUCGUGACAGCGGAAUGAGGCAGUUGCUGGAUGAUCGUGAUGAUCGCGAGAACAAAAGCAGGGACAGCAGCAAGGGCUGCCUGAAACAAUACAUGACUCACAUGUAGUGGUCCAUAAUGAAGCCUCUGAAGACCGAGUGUGUGGCAAAGGCUUACAUGAACUACAAGAGGUGCGCUGGCGGCAAGCGAUCUUGCAAGGAUGGGCCGAUACAAGAGGGAGGAGUGCGAGGAGACGGGCGGGAAGGGGAAGGACUGCGACGAGAAGCAGGGAAGCACUGCAACAAGGCCAGCCGGGGGAGAUGCUAUGCGUUGAGAGCGUAGUUGAUGGACAGACUAGUAGUAGAUUGAUGGGAACUCAGCUU